AGCACCAACAAGCAACACUGAUAACUCCAGUCAUCAAUCAUUAUCUGCGAUUAAAUUUUCGAGCUAAAAUAUCAUCAUCCUUCACGUUGCUUGCCAUCCUUGAUCUGUCCAUAACGGGCCCAGUUAAGACUCGGUAACCACGAGACGAGACGAGACGGCCGGCCAGCCAAGCCAAGCUUUCGCCAAUGGUCGCCGUCUUCAACAAGGACGUCCUGAGCUGGUACCUCAUCACGCUCAAGCUCAAGGAGACCGUCGACGCCAACCUCAAGAAGUCCCCGUCGCCGUCGCCGCACUGGCAGGCGCUUCCCCGCAGCCUGCUCGUCGCCUGGAUGCCGGCCAACGACUUCGCCCAGUGCCUGGUGCUGGACGGGACCUUCGUGCUGGAGCUGUUCCGCGGCGCGCUGGACGGCGCCAAGGGGUUCGUGGACGACCUGGGCUACUCGCGGCACGACCCCAUCUUCGCGAUGCGCGGCGCCAUGCACGCCAUCCGCAGCGACAUGAUCCUGCUCGAGAACCAGAUACCGCUGUUCGUGCUGGACCUGCUGCUCGGGAUCCAGCUCGGCCACCCGGAGCAGACGGGGGCCGUGGCCAGCCUCGCCGUGCGGUUCUUCGACCCGCUGAUGCCGACGGACACGCCGCUGCACCGGAAGGACCGGUUCAAGCUUGAAUCCUCCGUGGACGCCGACGCGGCGGCCGCGGCGGCGUUCGACCCGCUGUCGAACCCGAUGCUGCACUGCCUGGACGUGUUCCGGCGCAGCCUCCUCCGCGCCGGGAUGCAGCCCACCCCUCCGCCGGCGGCGCGGCUGUGGCUGAAGAAGUGGUCCGGGCUGCGGCGCGUGGCCGACAAGCGGCGGCAGCAGUUCGUGCACUGCGUGUCGGAGCUACGGGAGGCGGGCAUCCGGUGCCGGCGGCGGCGCAACACGGACCGGUUCUGGGACAUCCGGUUCGAGAAGGGGGUGCUCCACAUCCCGCGGAUCCUCAUCCACGACGGCACCAAGGCGCUGUUCCUGAACCUGAUCGCGUUCGAGCAGUGCCACAUGGACAUCGCGACGCCGGGCGGGAACAACAUCACCUCGUACGCCAUCUUCAUGGACAACCUGAUAAACUCGGCGGAGGACGUCAAGUACCUGCACGACCGGGGCAUCAUCGAGCACUGGCUGGGCAGCGACGGCGAGGUGGCGGAGCUGUUCAACCGGCUGUGCCUGGAGGUGGUGUUCGACAUCAACGACAGCUACCUCUCCGGGCUGUCGGACCAGGUGAACCGGUACUACGACCACAAGUGGAGCACGUGGGUGGCCAGCCUGCAGCACAACUACUUCACCAACCCGUGGGCGAUCGUCUCCGUCGUCGCCGGCGUCUUCCUGCUGCUGCUCACCAUGAUGCAGACCUUCUACAGCGCAUACAGCUACUAUCGCCCGCCGGCCUAGCCUUUGCUCCAGCUCCAGCCUCCAGCCUCCAGCAGGUGGACUGGAUCACAGUUCGACAUUUUUUUUCCUUUGUUGCUUGCAUUGCAGUUUUGAUUGAUCGAUUGAUUGGUUGGUUCUCUUGUCAAGGAAGGACUCUUCUCCCCCCCUUUGAGUUGCACCCUGUUAAUAUACUCGAUUCUGGCGGGAGAAGGAUUUUUGUGACAAAUAAGCAAAUUCAUUGUGUUAAGCGUCUGUUCUUCGGACAUCUUGAGGGGGUUGGACGCUCUCAUGGUCGUGGAGAAUUGUUCAAUUGAGCAUUUGCAUCUGCACAUUUUAUGACUGUACACAUUUUAAUUUUAGCGACUAGGGAGAAUUGUUCA